GUAAACAAAUAAAUAAACUUUCCAAAACUGCAAGUGCAAGUGAGAUAGUCGUAAAACACUGAUUUUAAUCACCCAGCGAAACAGUGUUUUAAUCGUUUUUGUUAUUGCAAAUAUAGCAAAGCUUUGUUUGGUUUAGUGUCUUACUCGAGCUGAAAGCGUGAGGGAGUGAAAUUGCUCGCUGACUUUUCCAAGAGAAUGAAUUGCAAUUGUUCUUUACAUCAGUAUUAGAUUCUUUGUUUGCCCCUAAUCAAGAUACAGAUACGGAUAAAAAAUGCCACGACGUGACGAUGGAGAGGAGCCCCUGGUUGAUGACAUGGAGGAUGCUACCAUUGCAUUUGCAAGUCCGGAACAGCAGGAAGUUCCAUUGCCCCCUCCACCUGCUCCUGCUGUAGAAGAAAAUGGCUAUCGCUGGUUCAUCUUGGAGCCAGCAGUUUUUCUCAUAUUCUUUGCUAGAUAUUUAAUAGGGGCGGUUUUACAAAGUCAAAUACUUUAUCAAACAUGCGUAACCAUCAUGGAACUAAAUGCCACAGAAUGCGAACCAUUCAAAGGCAUUAAUCGGGAAACGGAUGAAGCGAAAAAAAUUGAGGACAAAGUUCAGGAAUACUCGGCUGAUAUAAUGAUGACUACCUCUCUGCUUGAGAGUAUAAUUCCAGCUUUUGUUAGUUUAUUUCUUGGACCUUGGUCGGAUAAGUUUGGCAGACGACCCAUUUUAUUGACCACAUUCUCCGGUUAUCUAACUGGUGCCAUUAUCCUGAUUGUUAUCACUAAGAUAACAGACACCACGAAUAUAAGUCCUUGGUUCUAUUUGCUUGUGUCGGUGCCUGCAGUUUUAAGUGGCGGAACUUGUGCCUUAAUAACUGGCAUCUAUUGCUAUAUAUCCGAUGUGGCCAAAGAGCGUAAGCGAGCCUUGAGAAUGGUUCUUAAUGAAGCCUCUCUUUGCUCGGGCAUGAUGGCUGGAAAUGUGGCCAGUGGUUAUAUCUAUGCGGCAACCAAUGCGCUUACGCUUUUCAUCAUUGCCGGCUCCCUAAUGACUUUAGCUUUAAUCUAUGUCUUCUUCUUUGUACCAGAGAGUCUCAAGCCUGAAAAUAUCCAUACGGGGUCUCGCAUUCGCGAGUUCUUCCGCUUCGACUUGGUUAAGGAUUUGGUUCGCACUUGCUUCCAAAGGCGUCCGAACUUUGAUCGGACUAUUAUCUGGUUAACAAUGAUCGCCCUGACACUUGCCAUAUUCGAUAUGGAGGGCGAGAACACUGUCAAUUAUAUGUUCAUGCGCGAACAAUUCAACUGGACCAUCAAGGAUUUCAGUUUGUUUAAUGCUGCUCGCAUUGUGAUUCAAAUUGUGGGCAGUAUUCUGGGCAUGAUUGUGCUGCGUCGUUUCUUCAAGCUAUCCAUCAUAACAAUGGCAAUGCUAUCGCUGGCCGCUUGUGUCCUGGAAAGUACAGUGAGGGCCACAGCUCAACACUGGGAGGAGAUGUAUGUGGGCAUGACGCUAGGCAUGAUGCGUGGCGUUAUGGGACCAAUGUGUAGGGCCAUCCUAUCGCAUGUGGCACCUCCCACAGAAGUGGGUAAAAUUUUUGCUCUAACCACAUCGAUGGAAUCCCUCUCACCAUUGGGCGCUGCUCCAUUAUACACUGCCGUAUAUAAGGCGACUGUUGAAGUUUAUCCCGGGGCUUUUAAUUUCAUCAGCGCUGGCUUAUAUUUUAUUUGUUAUAUUUUGAUUGCAAUUAUAUUCGGCAUCCAAAAAUCAAUGGGCAGCAGCAGUGUCUAUAAGGCUAUUGGCAGCUAACCAUUCUCCGAAACUAUCUCUUAGCCUAAUUUGACUUUGUUUUUGGAUACGGCUUAUUCAAGUAUUAAACCGAUUAUUAUCUUUAUAAAUGUUUUAUCUCAGACAAUGUACAGAUCUUUAAUAAAUUGUAAAUACAUAAAUAUAUUGAAUCAUACAAAAA